AUGAUCAAACUUCAUCAUUCCAGGACCGAAGACAAGAGGGUUAUCCAUAAAUUAUUUAUCCAAACAUACAUAUACACAUACACACACAUACCGGUCUACGUCACGUGCGACCCUCCCAGGCUGUCGAAAUCCGCACCGUUGGGUCAAAACACGUCGAUAGAACUUCCCGGCGAAACCUCAGCCUCACCGGCGGCGGAGAAGAAGGUGUGGCGGCCGACAACGUGUGUGGGGACAUUCUACGACGAGGCACAUUUCACACGACAAGAGAGACCGUACGUAUUGUACGAUUCGGACAAAGAUGAUAUGGAGUGUACGGACGCCUGCAAGAUUCUUGUGUCGGACGAUGGAUUUUUUCGGUGGGACGAGGGGAAGAGAACCUGGGCGAAGAUUUUUCCGAUCAUUUGGAUUUCUUAA